AAAGUGAAGAGGCUGAAUCAUCAUUUUGUUGUCAACUCUUUUCAUGGACACGCCCACAAUCGUUGCUGCCAACUACAGUACCAUACUCUCUAUCAAGAAGGUCUUGGGAUCAAGGAUAAGGAUCUGGAGACUUGCGAACAUGUUUUUUCCAGGUUCUAA